CCGUGCGGAUCCCCUAUGGAUCCCGUACGGACCCCACACGGGCAUGGAACCGCUCACACAGCACACCCCCACCGGACCCUGCAGGGGGCGCCCUCCCUCCCGCGGCACGCAUGCGCACACCCCCCUCCCUCCUCACCGCGUCCCAGCCUGGCGGGCGCCACCAGGGGGCGCCCGAGUGCCGAGGCGGUGGCGGCGGGCGGGGCGGGCGCGCGGUGCGUGACGCAGUACGGCGCCCGAGCGGGCGGGGCGGUGGUGGCGGCGGGACGAGGAGGCGGCGGCGGCGGCGAUGGAGCGGCUGGAGCGCUGCGGCCGCGGGCUGCGGGCCGGGCUGGCCGACGGGCGGGUGCGCCGGCGCCUGCCCUGGCUGCUGCUCGCCAUCGUGCUCCUCGGGUCCGCCCUCAAGGAUGGCGACCUGGUGCCCGAGACGCCCAUGCAGAACAAGCGCAACCCGCUCAACGUGUGAGGAGAGGCGGGGGCGGCGGGACGGGCGGAGGGCUGGACGGGGGAUAUUUUGUCAAGGUGGCUUGGGCAUGGACGUUCUGGCUUCUGCUGCCCUUCAUCGCGGUCACCACCUACCAGUUUGCCGGGAGCAAGUUCCUCUACGGCCCCACGAAGAGCGUUCUGAUGGUGCUGCGGCGUCUGAGCGCGCUGCUGGUGGGCACUGCCAUCUGGUACGUCUGCACCGGACUCUUCAUCUACAUCGAGAAUCUCACCGGCGUGUGCUCUACGUCGGGUGAGCUCCGCGAGCCCCGCCGGCUGUAUGCCACCAAGCAGGAGUGCCACCAGGACAACGGGAUCUGGAAUGGUUUUGAUAUCUCAGGGCAUUGUUUUCUGCUCUCAUACUGUGCUCUGAUGAUCAUGGAGGAAGUGGCUGUGCUGGAAGGCUUGUCCAUAGACCAGAACUCCAAGCUGCAUGUUGUGAUCAACGUUCUGUUUGUGUCCUUGUGUUUUCUCACCAUGAUCUGGGUGUUUAUGUUUCUCUGCACUGCCCUGUAUUUCCAUGACUUCAGUCAAAAGAUUCUCGGUGUGCUGAUAGGUCUGUCAGCUUGGUAUGGGACAUACAGAUGUUGGUACUUGAAACCCUUUUCUCCUGGACUGCCUCUUCCAAGUAUACCUUUGAGUUCAAAGAAGUACAGUUAUAGCAGAUAAAAUAAGUUUUAAAAUUUUUGGACUUUGCUUUCAGUACUGGAGUAGUUGAAUGUAGGAAUGGUUACAGUAUUUCCACUGUAAGGAGCAAGGUGAUGGGCUGAAGGAAACCAAAUCUGUACUAGCUGAGGUCUGGCAGGUGGUAACGAGCUUCUUCCUCAGGAGAAAAAAGAAAUAAAAGGUAUUGGAAGAGGUCUGCUCUUGUUCAGGAGCUGCUGACUGGCAUUCCCAGCAGAGAAAUCCGAAUUUGGGUCUGUUUCUCUUACUAAGAAAUGAAGGAGCGGGUCCAAGGCUGACAGAGGCCUUUGCUCUUUAAGAGCUUAACUGAUCCCAAAUUAAUUCUCCCUCUUUCUUUAUUUAUGUUAAAAUAUCAUGGGUGAUCCAAAUCUCAUACUUAUCUUUUUUAAAUAUUCCCAUUUGUAUUGCCUUACGCGAAAGCUGUAAUGACAGCGACGCUAAGUGUGGCAAAAAUAUCAGUACUUAUUAAAGCAGUAUAUAGCUCUGUUGUGAAACUAGAACAUCACGUUAUCAAGUGUUAAAUACACUAGCUUGCCACAGAUGCUUCCUAGCAACAAAGAGGGAAAUUUGAGAUGUGAUGUCUUAAGCAGACCAUGACUUUAAAUUCAUGCCUGCCUUUGAAAAGGAAACUCUUGGAAAACAAGCCUUAACUUUCUCCUUAGGUGAAGUAUCUGUAAUAAUAUUUUGCCAUUUUAUUCCUGACACACACAAAAACACCCUUCCAGUUUUGCUAAGAAGUCUAAUCUGAGAAUUGGGGGUUUAUUUUUUUUUAAAUCUUAUGAGUUGCACACUUUGCAACAACGAGUACUAUGUGGUGUGUUCCUCCUAGACGAACAAUGAGAUGUUGGUGUCAUGAACAAGUUACCUAAACCUGCUAUUUCCCCAAACAGCCUGCUUAGUAAUGAGUGAAACACAUUAUUUAUCAUAAGAGCUGCCAAGCCAUGCGCUUGAAGCAAUAUUUAUUCUUGUUUAUCAGCAGUAUCAAUAAACUACUUGGUUUUAAUUGCACAUGAAGCUGUGGCCACUUUUGAUGUGGCUGAAAACCCACUACUGAAUAAAACACUACUAUUGUAUAAUGAAUGUAUGAAGUGGGAUGGGUUUACUCAUCAUAUCAAUCAAACAUUUAGUAUAGUUUUUUAUCUUGAAAAGCUUUUUAUUGUUUCAUAAAGGCUUGUCCAUGUCGCAGUUGCACAGAAUCUGUUUGGCAGUUGUAGUGGUGAGCAGGACAGCCAGGACGGUCCAUGGCUGAGGCUGCGGGUACCGUCUGCUGAUCUGCAAGCGAAUGGAACCUGCCUGUAGCGUUUGCAAGGUGAAUAUUUAGCCGAAUACAGGAUAUGACGUGUCGUAGUCUGAUCUUGGCACGUUUCUUUUUGUUGUCUCAACAGCUCUCUCCCAACAAGAGAGCGGUAGCGUUUGCAGUAAAUCCAGCACUGUUAAUUCCAUACUCGUGGUCUGUCUCUAGGAAAGCUGGAUUUGCUGGGAUUUCCACUAAAAUCAGUGGCAAGUGGGAGUUGUGCAUCCUUAGAAAGUACGAAUCACCUCGCAGAAAGAAGCUGUUUCAGGAGGUUGUGUGUUUCCUGUCAAGCUCCUCCUGUUGUUUUUGCAUCGAAUUGCCUUUUAAGCUGAUUCUUUGGGAAAUUUGCACUGAUUAACUCAUAUUGGGUUUAACUAAAUUUGUUUAAACAAUGCAAAUUAAUUUGCAGAUGUUCUUUUGAUGUAAUGUGAGCCUGGUCCCAAUACAGUUAAGCUAGACUGCAAGCCACAUUCACCAUGAAAUAGGAUUAUAUACCCAGAAGGUUUUCUGAUUAAUUUCAUUAGAUAUAAGUUUCUAUUUUAGGUUGUCUUUAUGUAACUUUGCUGUAUAGACAAGGCCUUGCAACAGGAAAUGCCAUUUAUUCAAACCAACUGACUUGCUGAAAUUAUUUUCCGUUUCAGAAAUGUUUUGUGCAAUCACUAUAUGGGUAUUUCUGUCCACUUCUAAGCAUUGUCAUAAUUUUUUUUAUUAUGGGAAUAAUGUAGGAUAUGGUUAUUCUCAAAACUUUUAUUUAAACAAUGAAAGAAAAACACUUGAAAACUU